AUGACGGUUACUGAUGCUGCUGCCAUGCAGUCAGUGCUGGGCUCCAAACGUCAAAGGUCUCAGAAUUCUGGUCCGUCAGCACCAUGUGCCCUUUGGCCAGUGGACCUCAAGCUAACACACUUGGACUGGAACCCUGAAGCCACCCUGAUUCACUUCCAGGGACAGUACCUUACCAUAUGUGAACUGGACUAUAACAUCUUGCAGGGAGAAAUACAGAAUGUGCCAAAGACAAAAGCUGAAGUGGAUAUUGGAGAGUUUUGCCUUGUAGAGGAUUUGGCUUCAGCCCGCUGGUACAGAGGAAGAGUUCAGAACCGAAAAGAAGGCUUGUUUGAUGUAUUCCUCAUAGAUCACGGUAAUGUCUUGAGUGUCGACGUCAACCACAUAUCUUCCUGUUCAAAUGACCUCUUCAUCCUACCUUCAAAAAUAGUUUGCGGCUUUCUUGCAAAUGUGUUACUGCUUCAAAGUUGUCAUUCUGUGGUGGAAGAAUACUUGUCAAAUCUGAUUGGAAGAAAUGUCACAGGUUACAUUCAAGCCCUCCUUCCCCACAAAGUCCUUUUAUUGGAAGCCCCUGACAUCAACAGUGACCUUGUUAGACAUGGGUUUGGAAGGCAUGUGGACACAGAUACUUUCCUCCUGUUGGUUGAGAUGCUCACAGAGGUGCCGCUCAAACCAAACAUAGAGCCAGUUCCUGACUUACUCAUUGAAAAGCCAAGGGGACAAGAGUUUUGCUUCAGACCAUCCAGUUUGCAGGCAUAUGAAGAGAUUCUGUCAUUCUGUCAGCCUAGAUUGAGUUGUGGGACACAUGCUAAAGUGCGAGUAACUGCUGCUGUCAACCCUGGGCUGUUUUUCUGCCAGAUGGUCAGUAUGGAAACAGAUCUUUGGGAAAUGUCAACGAAGCUGGCUAAAGCUAGUGAGCACAAAACUGAGGAAUUUAAACAGACGACUCCAGAAAACCUGGGUUUACUCUGCUCAGUUAAAGGCAAAGAUGGUAAAUGGUACAGAGGCUUUGUGCAGUUUCUUCCCAUCAACUCUCGUGUUAGAGUUUUGUUCAUUGACUAUGGAUUCUUUGAAUCUGUCAACGUUGAGAACAUCCACAGGCUUCCACCUGAUCUCUCUUCGGCACCCAUCAUGGCAUUACCAUGCUCACUCUCCUCCCUGAGUCAUCAGGAUGAGGCUGUCAAAACUCAGCAGAUGAGUUUGCUCAAGGCAGGCUUGCUUGGAGGACUGUUGGAUAUGGAGAUCAGUAGUUUUGAUGAAGAACAGCAUCUCUAUUCCAUCACAUUGAUUGGUGCUGAAGAUAAUGACGUGAAGGAACCUGAGCCUAUUUCAGAGCUUCCCAGAAGGGAAGCUGAGUCUGUUUUUCAGACUGAAGAAUUGUCACCUCAGGGUGGCUAUUCGUACUGUGAGACUGUCAUGGGCAAAGCACUGGAAGCAGAAGAGGCGCAAGUGGACUCUGUCUUUGUGGGGUAUGUCGAGUAUGUCCAGAAUCCAAGCCACUUCUGGAUCAGGACACAAAAACGCAAAGAUGAGUUUGAAGAAAUGAUGACAAAAAUGGCAGACCACUUCAGUCAAGUGAAGCUGGAUGAAGAUGUACUGGUGAAUCCCAAGCUUGGGACAAUGUGUUGUGCAGUUUAUGAGGAAGACAUGAAUUUCUACAGGGGUGUAGUGACAGACACUCUUGAACAUGGAGCUGAAGUUCUCUUUAUUGAUUUUGGGAACACUGGGAAAGUGCCACACAUGUUGAUCAAGAACAUACCAGAGGCAUUUGCCAGUAAAUCAGCGUUUGCCUUUUGUUGUGCUCUUGCUAAUGUUUUCCCUUUGGAUGAAGUCUGGACCAGUGCUACCUGUGACUUUUUCAGAAAAAUUGUUUCAAACAAAGUCCUGCUAGUCCGUGUUGUCCACAGGAGAAAAAACAAAUUUGUUGUCGACCUCUAUGAGAUGGGAAGUGACAGCAAUCAGAGUAUCACCGAUCUCCUGAUCUCUUCAAAACAAGUUGGAUAUUGGAACAACAUUUCCUCAGAGCCUGUGGUGAAAGACAACACAGGUGUGACAGAAGAAACAAGGUGCCCAAGAUCUAGUGUGACGCCCGACAUCAGUGGGGAUGCAGAGCAACUGGAGUGUGAGGAGGAAGAUAACACAUGCAAAAAUGAAAUCAAGGAGGCUCAAGCCCCUGCCAGCUUCAGAGCUUUACGAAUCAAGCCAGGGUAUGAGUUUGCAGUGCACUGCUCUUACAUCAGUUCUCCAUCAGAUUUCUGGUGCCAGCCUCAAGAUAAGGUUCCAGCUUUGGAGGAGCUGAUGGAUAAAAUUCAGCAGUAUUACUCAGCUAACACAGUUCCCCUCCAAUCAGGGGUUUCCUGUUGUGUCGCCAAGUCACCGGUAGAUGGAAAAUGGCACAGGGCCAUCAUAACAGAAAAACAGAAUGGUCAUGCCAGAGUGAUGUUGGUUGACUGUGGCUUUACCAUCAAAAUCAAAGAGCAUAAUCUUCAGGCAAUAUUACCUGAAUAUGUCUAUUUGGAAGGACAGGCUUUCAGGUGCAGCUUUUCCAACCUGAUUGAACCUACUGACUCCAAGAACUGUGGGGACUGGAGUCCAGAGGUGUGCAACUUGAUGAAAGAUUUUGUCUUCAACAGCUCAAGAGGCCUAAGAUGUAAAGUUGUCUCACAGCUGAAUGUGCAAAAUAAAGGACUGUGCAAUGUCGUGGACCUCUACAACACCCAGACCCAACAGACCAUAACAGGUUGGCUUGUGGAACAAGGCCUAGCAAGAGAAGCAACAGUCUUAACAAAGCAACUGUCGGCAGCAUUACCUGAGUCUUUUGUCUACUCUUCAUAUGAUCUAAGCCCAGGAAAUGAAGAACAAGUCUAUGUGACUCAUGUUAGCAGUCAGUGGGAGGUCUAUUGCCACCUUGCGAGAAACACUGAAAUCAUCGAAGAGCUUGAAGAGAAAAUCUUGGAGGAGAGUGAGAAAAUGAUGAAAGCCAGUGCGAGAACUGUUGUGAGGAAGCUGUGCCUGGCAAAAUACUUGGAUGGCAAAUGGUACAGAGGCUUGGCGCAUCCAGUUCAGUCGCCUCUCCAUCUCAGUGUGUUUUUUGUGGAUUAUGGAAACACAAACAUAUCUGAGAAAACCCAUGUCAUGUUCCUUCCCAGGGACUCUGCUGAUUUGUUGUACACACCCAUGCAGGCUGUGAGAUGUUGUCUUGCUUCAGUGUCCAAGAAAGAGCUCUAUGCAGAUGUGAAGGAAUGGCUUGAUAGAGCAGUCCUCAACAAGCAAGUGAAAGCUGUCAUACUUCAAAAGAGCGAAGAUGGUUCAUUUAUUGUUGAGCUGUUUGACGGAGAUGUUAACAUCAAUGAGAAGGUGAAGGAUCUCAUUUUUAGUCUUUCACCUAAACCAAAGAUCAUUGUCAGUUUUGACACAAGCAGCAGAAAGACCGAACAUAGAACUCACCACACGGGAAACACAAACACCUCAUUCAAGUGCAGGAGUCAACCUGAAUGGGAGGCUUCAAAUUCUCCGUCAUUGAACUGCUGGAGAAGUACUCGAGUUGGGAAUGCACCCCAAAAAAAGAAAAACAAAAAAGAAUAUGUUGAUGGGGAAGCUCAGGACAAGAACACAAAACUCAAACAGCAAAAUGAGGACAAGACAAAGAGCUGUGUCCUGAUAAAACCCUGGAAAAACUCUCAAGUAAAACAGCAAAGAGAGUACUUGGAUAAAAAAACAAAGUCAGAACAACCACAAAAAACAAAUGGAACAGAGAUCCCUCUCCUCUCAUGUUUGCCUGCAAAGAAAAUCAGCGCAGGCCUCAGGGCGAAUUGUUUCGUCUCCCACAUCAACUCAGUCAACAGCUUUUACCUUCAGCUGUCAGAAGAUGAACCUGCUAUCUUGAAAAUGUGUGAAGAUCUCAACUCAGGUAUCUUCAGAAAUUCCUUAAAGGCAACCACAUCUUUGAGAACCAAUGACCUUGUCUUGGCUGAAUAUGAGGAGGAUGGUGCUCUGUAUCGUUCUGUUGUGAAGGACUAUGAAGGCAGUUCUCGCUUCAGAGUUGAGUUUGUUGACUAUGGGAACUCAGCGGUUGUGGGGAGGGAGAAUAUCUGCUUGAUUCCAAAGGAGUAUCUCACUCAGCCAAGAUUCAGCAUAUCAUGCUCUUUGUUGGACACAGGGGCUUGUGAAAAUGAUGCUUCUUUCACUGACGCUGUAAUGGAGAAGCCUCUUAUGGUUGACUUUGUUCGUCAAUAUGGAACUCACUGGGAAGUCAAAGUUGAGAUUCUUGAUGAAGCAGUUGAUCCUCCAGCAGCACUUCAAGCAGCUGUUGAAAACAGUCCUGUAAACCAAAAAGAAAAGGAGGUUCCUGCGAGCUCAGCUGAAAUAGAGGAGAAAGUGAGAUCCUGUGAACAGACCUACCUCAGACCAGAAAUGAGCGAGAGUGAAAUCACUGAAUCCGAACAAACGGUGCCACCUGUUAAAGGUGAAAAUGUCAUGCUCAAAACACCAUGUGUCACGCUGUCAACCAAACUGAAGGUAAAAACCUGCAGGAGCCGUAGAAGAAGACUCACCGCAAACAAGAGUGAUUCAAAGAGGAGUCAGAGAACAUCCACAUUCUCAGUCUGCAUUUUGGCUGAAACCCAAAAUGCAGCAGCAGACGUAAAACCCAGUUUGUACUCGAGCCCUUCUCAGAAACUUGCUUUUGCUCCUGUUGAUAUAGACAAAGUUUACUUUGGCUUGGCUGCUGCAGUGACGACUCCCUUUGAGUUCUGUGUUGUUCUUGAAGACUUGCUUCUAAUCAUGAACAAAGUGUCCAUCAUAUUGGAUGACCUCCCUGGUCAGAUGUCUCCUCUCCCUGAAGCCCACCUCAUCCAUGGCACCUGCUGCCUGGUAAAAUCAGACUCCAAGAACAAGUGGUGCAGGUCUGAAAUAGUGCAUGCUGACACCACUGUGGUCCUAAACCUGGUGGAUUAUGGCCAUUAUGAAUGCAUACCAUACAAAGACUGCUCAAAACUGAAAAGGCUUCCAGAGGAGCUAGUGAAACUCCCAAAAGUGACGUACCCAUGCAUUUUGCGAGGGGUGAAGCCAGUUGGAGUGGACGAACAGUGGACAGAUGAGGCGGCAGUCUUCUUCCAGCAGUGUUUGUACCAGAAGAACCUCCAGAUCUUCUUCAGAGAGUUUGUGGCAAACACACACUGGAAGGUGGAUAUUUUGACAGAUGGCCUCCAUGUUGCCAAGGAGCUGGUGGAUGCUGGACUUGCCAAUUAUAUCGACGUCACGUUGGGACUCAGAUUUCAGGAGCAGAUUCCCUGUGAAGCCCCUCCUGAAGGCCCCGACACUGAGGAAGAGUGUGGCCAGGAAGAUGAAGAAGUCUCUGAUGGGAAGUCACAUCUUUCAAAUGGGGCCACUGAUGAAGCUGAGGAGAAGAUGCCACUCAGCUCUUCCUCUAUGUGUAGUCAUUGUUUCCUGAUUUGA